AUGCCGCCCUCGACCUCGGACGACGGUCCGUCCGUCGCGGCCCUCGACAAGACCGAUCUGUCGAACCGCCAUCCUCGCCGCGGCUCCUACCCGCCCAUUUCCUCCAUACCCUACACCUCCGUCCAGAGGCUGACGCAGGCGGCCGAGGAUGCCGCCCCCGUCGGCGACGCCGACGCGUCCGACACCGUCCUCUACCUCGCCUACGGGUCGAACCUCUCGGCCGAAACGUUCCUCGGCAUGCGAAAGAUCCGACCCCUCUCUCAGAUGAACGUCUCGGUGCCGAUACUGCAGCUCACCUUUGACCUCCCGGGGGUGCCCUACCGCGAGCCGUGCUUCGCCAACGUUGGGUUCCGAGACGGCCCCGAGAGCGAGCGGCGCGGCCGACCGACGGCCCCGGCCGCGGACCCGACGCGGGCCGGCUACGAGUGGGACGGCCACCUCAUGGGCGUCGUCUACGAGGUGACGCAAAAGGAUUGGCGAACCAUCAUGCGCACCGAGGGCGCCGGCUCGAGCUACAAGGAAGUCGCCGUGCCCUGCAUCCCGCUCCGGUCCACGCUCGUCGGCGACGCCGCGAGGCCGAACCGGCCGCCAUCCUUUCUCGCGAGGACCCUCUACGCCUCGUACGUGCCCGACGGCGGCGACGACGACGCCGGAAGGUGCCGGUGGUGGCAUCGCCUGACGCGCGGCCGACAGCGGCCGAAUCCCGGCUACGCCCAGCCGAGCGCGCGCUACCUCAAGCUCCUCAAGGACGGCGCGAGGGAGCACGGCCUCCCCGACGUCUACCAGCAGUACCUCGCGUCCCUGCAGCCGUACACGGCGACGCACCGUCGGCAAAAGGCGGGCCAGCUCCUGUUCCUCACCACCUGGGCGCCCCUGCUCGUCUUCUUCCUCACCAUGACCAACGUGCUCGCCGACGAGACGGGCAAGCUCCCGACCUGGCUCGCCAGCUGCGUGACGGGAAGUUUCAACCUCAUGUGGCUGAGCUACGACGCCGUCUUCAAGCCCAUCUUUGGCGAUGGCGAGAGGACCACCGCCGGGCCGCCUCGGUCGGACAAGGAACGGGUGCCGCUGCUGUCCAACGGGCACGGUCCCGGGCCGUAG